AUGGUAAAUAUAAACCAGAUAAUAUCAGAUGAAUGGAAAGUUCCAAAAGAAGGCUUUUCUGAAGACUUAGAAAAUGACUCAGAUUUCGAAAUAAUAAGAUUCGGAAUUAAUUAAAUAGAUAAAAUAAUAGAAUUUGGAGGAAAAGAUAUUUGUCUGUAAAUUCUUAUCUCUCUAGUCGAAAAAAUGCUCUCUUUUUCCCAAGACUGGAGGUAUAAGUUUGCAGCAAUUAUGGGAUUGUCCUAAAUUGGAGAAUAUGUGGAAAAUAUUGGGAAAAUAAAGCCUAUUAUUUAGACUGUUUUGGAAUUUUUGAAGUCUGAAAAUCCCAUGAUUAGUUACGUACUUUCUGGUUGGUAAAGAAUUUGCUUAAAAUAUAGUUCGGAAAUUUAAAGCUAUUUACCGGAUAUAGUACCUGGAGUUUUUAGAAUUAUUUAAGACGAAAAAAAUUAUUGCGAUUUAUAAAAAACAGAUUUUGAAGAAUGUGAAAUUGCACUUGGGUUGCUAGAGGAUUUUAGCUUGUAAAUGUCUACCUGGGUUAGUGAAUUGUGUGAAAGAUAAUGGUAUUGA